UGCUUCCGCCCAAACUUGAAGCCGUCCCGCCGCCAUUUUCUUAAAGGGCAAGGAGAAGGGCGGAACGAGGCGUUCUGUACAGUAGAGUGACCAAAAGAGUGCUGCUGCUGCUGCUGCUGCUGUUCGAAGAGAGGUCCAGGCCAGGAAGGCUGUUUUAGGACUCUGGACAACAUCGCUUCAGGCUGCAGACGUCCAGCUGCACUGUUGUCCACCCAAUGGAGAAUCUGGCAGGGAAUCUACCUGCAGGUGCAGUGGCUGCUGUGCUGAAGCCCAGUGAGGGACUACCUGAAGGGAGUCAAACUGUAUGUGGAUAUGACUUUGACCGCGGAUUGGAUUAUCAUGCCUUGCUCCAGUCUUAUCUUACAACAGGUUUCCAGGCUACCAGCUUUGGGCAGGCUGUCAAUGAAAUUAAUCGCAUGAUAGAAGCAAAGCUGACACCUUUUCAUGAGGAUGCAGGAGACCAUACUGAUCUCAAUCCCUGUCCCCGUCAUCUAACAGGCUGCACCAUCUUUUUGGGCUUCACCUCCAACCUCAUCAGCUCAGGUGUCCGUGAGACUAUCCGUUACCUGGUGCAACACAAUAUGGUGGAUGUGUUGGUGACCACAGCAGGUGGUGUUGAAGAAGAUCUGAUCAAGUGUUUGGCGCCUACCUAUAUUGGAGACUUCAGUCUGCGUGGGAAGGAACUACGCCAGAAUGGAAUCAACAGGAUUGGAAAUCUGCUAGUGCCCAAUAACAAUUACUGCAAGUUUGAGGACUGGCUAAUGCCAAUUCUGGAUCAGCUGGUGACAGAACAGGACACAGAGGGUGUGAAGUGGACUCCAUCAAAGCUCAUUGCUCGGCUUGGCAAGGAAAUCAACAAUCCUGAAUCAGUUUAUUACUGGGCACAAAAGAACAGCAUCCCUGUGCUAAGUCCAGCGCUGACUGAUGGCUCCCUGGGGGAUAUGAUUUUCUUCCAUUCCUAUAAGAAGCCAGGCCUUGUGCUGGACAUUGUAGAAGAUUUGAGGCUCAUCAAUACCCAGGCCAUCUUUGCACGAAAGACGGGAAUGAUAAUCUUGGGUGGAGGCCUUGUCAAACACCACAUUGCCAAUGCCAACCUGAUGAGAAAUGGUGCCGAUUUUUCUGUCUACAUCAACACAGCACAGGAGUUUGAUGGCUCAGAUUCAGGAGCUCGGCCUGAUGAGGCAGUGUCCUGGGGAAAGAUCCGCACAGAUGCCAAGCCUGUCAAGGUUUAUGCUGAUGCUUCCCUCAUUUUUCCACUGCUUGUUGCACAGACAUUUGCACAGAAACCAAAUGCCUUUGUUCCAGAGAAGCAGAAUGACUGAACUGCUGCAUUAGACUUCACAACAUCUGCUGCAUUAGACUUCACAACAUCUGUUAAAAACUGUUUGAACUCAUCCUGCUGCAGUUGCUGGCAUUUGAACUGAAACUAUUUGACAUUUGGGUGAGAGGAUGGUGUUUUGUCUGCUAGGACAAAAUGUUUCUCAUUCUCCAUACUAAAGAGGAGCUGUACACCAAGCCCUCUGCUCAGAACACAAAUAAAAUGUGGGUCUCUGGUUCCCCAUUGUCACAGUAAUCACAGUCGCUCCCAAAGAGCCGGUUUAGUUGGACGUUUCUUGCCAAUUCCCUUCAUGUUUCCUACAUCAAGGCAUGGUAGCACUGAAAAGCUAAGAUGCUUGAUCAUGUUCUUAGUUAUGCUGCACAGUGUUUCUUUGACGGUGGGAUGGUCUCAGGAUUCUGGAAUUAUAUUUUCUUUUCUUUUUCUUUCUUUUCAUUUCCAUUUUUUUUAAAAAAAAUUAAUAUCUGGCCCCAGCCAUAUCUUCAUGUUUAUGGUCCACAAUAUGUCCUUAUUUUAAUUUGUGACUUUUCUUCUCAGUUUGUUUUAUUCAUUUAUUUGGUAUAUUUAUGAAAUUAACAUGAGAACACCAGUGUCCUAAUAAACCACAGUGGUGUGUA